UCUUCUCUCUACCCUUACCCACCACCACUCUUUCUCAUGUCAACGGCUACUUUUCUUCUCUCUCCGCCAUUGGUGGUGGUGGCACUUACAUUGCUAUUUUCCUGUGUUUUUUCCAUGGCCGAAAACGUUACAGAGACGGAAAUGGCAGCCUUAAUGUCGUUCAAACGGAAUUUGGAAGACCCACUUGGGGUAUUAGACGGUUGGGAUUUUUCUACCACAUUAGCUCCGUGUGAUUGGCGUGGGGUUCUGUGUGAUGCCGGCAGAGUUCGUGAACUCCGCCUACCUGGGUUGCAGCUGAGUGGACGGCUAACUGACCAGGUUGGUAAUUUACGCCAGCUACGGAGGUUAAGCCUACAUUCUAACAACUUUAAUGGUUCUGUCCCACGCUCUUUAGCUCAAUGUGCUUUGCUACGCGCUGUUUACUUCCAUUACAACUCUUUUUCCGGUGAACUCCCGCCGGCUAUCUCGAACCUCACUAAUCUUCAAGUUUUAAACCUUGCUCACAACUUCCUCUCCGGUCAUGUCUCUGGUAAUGUUCCAGCAAGUCUUCGGUUUCUCGAUCUUUCUUCGAAUCUCCUCUCCGGUGGCAUUCCGGGUAACUUUUCAGCUGGUUCUCAGCUCGAACUGUUAAACUUGUCGUUUAACCGGUUCUCCGGUGAAAUUCCGGCGAGUAUCGGAGCUUUACAGAAGUUAGAGUAUCUCUGGCUUGAUUCUAACCAACUUUACAGCACUAUACCUUCAGCAAUCUCUAAUAUUUCCACAUUAAUACACUUGAGCACUAGUGAUAAUCAUCUUCAAGGACUAAUCCCAGCAACAAUCGGUUCACUUUCCAGUUUACAGGUAAUCUCAUUGUCGCAAAAUCAACUAUCUGGUGUGGUCCCUGCAUCGUUUUUCUGUCAUGGGUCAGUAAAUGCUCAUGCUAUUAGGAUCAUUGAGCUGGGUUUCAAUGCAAUCACGGGUUUAACUAAACCUGGGAAUGCAACAUGUUUGAGUGCUUUAGAGGUCUUGACCCUUCACGGGAAUCACAUUAAUGGUGUUUUUCCUGAAUGGUUGACGAAUUUUUCGUCGUUGAAGGUUCUUGAUAUCUCCUGGAAUGCAAUUUCUGGAACUCUGCCAAAUGAUAUAGGGAAUUUAAGGUUUCUUGAGGAGCUUAGACUGGGUAACAAUACAUUAACUGGUGAUAUUCCUUCUAGUAUUGUGAACUUUGGUUCAUUGGGGGUACUUGAUUUAGGUGGAAAUCGGUUUUCUGGAUUGAUUCCACAGUUCUUGGGUAAAUUGACAGGGUUGAGAAUGCUGUCUCUUAAUGGGAAUCGCUUUUCUGGUUCGAUCCCGAAUAGUUUGGGGAGUCUUUAUCAGCUAGAGUUUUUGGAUUUGAGCAUGAAUGGUUUGAAUGGGAGUUUGCCUCAAAACCUUAUGUUGCUUAGCAAUUUGACUAGUUUGAAUUUGUCCAGCAACUUGUUUUAUGGUGAAAUUCCAAGAGGAAUUGGAAGCUUGCAUGGGUUAGAGGUUUUAAAUGUUAGCAAUUGUGGGUUCUCAGGGAACAUUCCGACUAGUAUCGGAAGUUUGUUGAGGUUGACAACUCUUGAUGUGAGCAAGCAAAACCUAUCUGGUGAAUUACCCUUUGACAUUUUCGGGUUGCCAAGUCUACGAGUUGUGGCUUUACAAGAGAACAUGUUCACUGGGGAUGGUCUUGAAGGUUUUAGCAGUUUAUCUAGUCUGGAAUAUUUGAAUCUGUCAUCUAAUGCCUUUUAUGGGCAAGUUCCGAAGACAUAUGGUUUCCUUACAUCCUUGAAAGUUCUUUCUAUGUCUAAAAGUGGUAUUAAUGGCUCAAUUCCAGCAGAGUUGGGUAACUGUUCAGGCCUUCAAGUGCUUGAGCUUCGAGGAAAUAAGUUAACAGGUCAAAUUCCGAAGGAUUUCUCACAUUUAUCUCAUCUAAGGAAGCUUGAUUUGGGCCACAAUGGAUUAACCGGGGAAAUCCCUGAAAACAUCUCUAAUUGUUUGUCUUUGGCUACUCUCUUGUUGGAUUCUAACCACAUCUCAGGUCACAUACCAGAGUCGUUGUUGAAAUUAUCAAACUUGGAAAUGCUGGAUCUCUCUUCAAAUAAUUUGAAUGGAUCAAUUCCUUCAAGUCUGUCUCUGAUUUCCAGCCUGAGGUACUUGAAUAUUUCUCAUAAUCAUCUCGAGGGUGAGAUUCCAGAGGCGUUGGGUUCUCGGUUCAAGGACCCUUCUUUGUUUGCUGCGAAUAAUGCUUUGUGUGGAAAGCCAUUGAAGAAGUGCAAUGACGGUAAAAGGAAAAGAAAGAAGUUGAUCUUAUUCAUUGUUUUGGCUGCUGUAGGGGCCUUUUUCGUGGCAGCGUGUUGUUGUGGGUACAUCUACAGCCUUAUACUUUGGCACAAAAAGUUAAGAGGUUCAUCUGAAGGGAAGAAGCGAAGCCCAGGCCGUGCGAGUUCAGGAGGAGAAGGGGGCCGUGGAAGCGGAGAGAAUGGAGGUCCAAAGCUUGUUAUGUUUAACAACAAGAUCACUUAUGCAGAGACUUUAGAAGCGACACGACAAUUUGACGAGGAAAAUGUGUUAAGCCGUGGAAAGUAUGGCCUAGUAUUCAAAGCCACUUUUGCAGAUGGAAUGGUCUUGGCUAUCCGCCGCCUUCCUGAUACAUCAAUCGAAGUGAACACAUUCCGCAAGGAAGCUGAAUCCCUCGGCAAGGUGAAACAUCGCAAUCUGACUGUUGUUCGUGGAUACUAUGCAGGACCGCCACCUGAUGUUCGAUUUGUUGUGUACGAUUACAUGCCUAAUGGAAAUCUUGCCACACUUUUACAAGAGGCAUCUCAUCAGGAUGGCCAUGUGCUCAAUUGGCCAAUGCGCCACCUGAUUGCUCUUGGCAUUGCUCGUGGCUUAGCUUACCUUCAUUCAGUUUCAUUGAUUCAUGGGGAUGUAAAGCCACAAAAUGUAUUGUUUGAUGCAGAUUUUGAAGCUCAUCUUUCGGAUUUUGGUUUAGAUAAACUAAGCCUAGUAGCAACCCCAGCAGAGACUUCAACAUCUUCCACCCCUGUUGGGACUCUAGGCUACAUAGCACCUGAAGUGGCAUUAACUGGACAACCCACAAAAGAAGCUGAUGUAUACAGUUUUGGGAUUGUAUUGUUAGAGAUACUAACAGGAAGAAAGCCAGUAAUGUUCAACGGGGACGAGGACAUUGUCAAGUGGGUGAAGAGACAACUACAAAGAGGCCAAAUUUCAGAAUUGCUCGAGCCGGGGUUGCUUGAACUGGAUCCUGAAUCAUCAGAAUGGGAAGAGUUCUUGUUGGGAAUCAAAGUUGGUUUGCUUUGCACCAUGCCUGAUCCUCUUGAAAGACCAUCGAUGACUGACAUUGUAUUCAUGCUCGAAGGCUGCAGAGUUGGUCCUGACAUUCCUUCUUCAGCUGAUCCUACAACUCUUCCUUCACCAAUGUGAUGAAAAUUCAAUUCUUUGCAAUGAAAUCAAUUUGCA